GCUGGUACAGAUCGCACGUGGGAAAUUCCUCAUUUACAAAAGAAAUACAAUUUACAGCUAUUGCAAAAUUAGUACCAAACUAUUCACUAUCGCAGCCGGACUGUACACAGGCUUUGCUGUCUCUGCUGAGCUGAAAGUGACAGAAGCAGAGAAUGGGGAAUCCUGCUGAUGACGAAGAUGAACAAAGAAAUCGGAGAUAUGGAGCUAUUGCAGAAAAUGUUGAUGAACCAACACCGGAGUACAUGGCUGAACUGGUUUCCAUUCCUUCCACAGGGAGUCCUGGCUUCAGUUUCCGCAAGCUCUGGGCUUUCACCGGACCUGGCUUCCUGAUGAGCAUUGCGUACCUGGAUCCUGGGAACAUUGAAUCUGACCUUCAGUGUGGGUCUAUUGCUGGAUUCCAGUUGCUGUGGGUUCUACUUGGUGCCACCGUUCUUGGUCUUUUGUGCCAAAGGCUGGCAGUGCGGCUCGGAGUGGUGACUGGCAAAGACUUGGCUCAAGUCUGCCGUAAUUACUACCCAAAGGCUCCUCGCUGGAUAUUGUGGAUUUUAGUGGAAAUUGCCAUUAUUGGAUCAGACAUGCAGGAAGUGAUUGGGACAGCCAUUGCAUUUAGCCUCCUGUCUGCUGGUCGGAUUCCCCUUUGGGGUGGCGUCCUUAUCACCAUCAUUGAUACUUUAUUCUUUCUGUUCCUAGAUAAAUAUGGUCUCAGGAAACUGGAAGCUUUCUUUGGCGUCCUCAUCACUAUAAUGGCGGUAACAUUUGGCUAUGAGUAUGUGGUUGUCCAUCCAGACCAAAGAGAGGUGGUAAAGGGGAUGUUCUAUCCGUAUUGCUCUGGCUGCGGUAGGCCCGAGUUGCUCCAGGCUGUCGGGAUCAUAGGUGCCAUUAUCAUGCCACAUAAUAUAUACCUGCACUCCUCGCUUGUCAAGACUCGGGAUAUCAACCGCCAAAAGAAGCAUGAAGUGAGAGAAGCCAAUAUGUACUUCCUGAUUGAGUCCACUAUCGCGCUGCUUGUGUCCUUCAUCAUUAACCUCUUUGUGAUGUCCGUAUUUGCUGAGGCGUUUUACAACAAGACCAACCAGGACGCACAUGAUGUCUGUCAGAACAGUAGUAGCCCACACGCUGGGGUGUUUCCACCUAACAACCAAUCCUUGUCUGUGGACAUCUACUCAGGGGGAGUUAUCCUUGGCUGUUUUUUUGGACCAGCUGCCCUCUAUAUCUGGGCAGUAGGCAUUUUGGCUGCUGGGCAGAGCUCCACCAUGACUGGGACAUAUGCUGGACAAUUUGUGAUGGAGGGUUUCCUGAACCUGAAAUGGUCUCGUUUCUACCGUGUACUGUUCACCAGGUCCUGUGCCAUUAUACCCACUGUUUUUGUGGCUGCAUUUAAAGACGUGGAGCACCUGACUGGGAUGAAUGAUUUUCUAAAUGUUCUACAAAGCAUUCUGCUACCAUUUGCUCUGCUCCCUAUACUGACAUUCACCAGCAUGCGACCGUUGAUGCACGACUUCACCAAUGGCAUAAUUAGUAAAGUGGUCUCCGUUCUUCUCAUCGCAUUGAUCAUCGCUAUAAACCUGUAUUUUGUUGCUGUGUACAUCCCCACCUUGGACAGCAUUGCCCUGUAUGUAGUUGUUGGCAUAAUUAUAUUAUUUUAUGGAUUAUUCACAUUUUACCUGCUAUGGACCUGCUGCAUUGCCCAUGGUGCUGAAUUCCUGUCCUGUGGGAGGCACUCUCAGUUUGCGUAUGGAUUGCCAGAAGAUUACUACAACCCUCCUGGAGUACUUCAGUGACACCAUAGAACCAUGGAACUUUGUAUAUUUGAUGUUUGCCAUUAGACCACAGAAGGAGAGCUUGAGAGUGUCCGAACUUGUACAAAUAAAAGCCCUGAUAAUGAUAAGCCUACAGUAGUUUGAAUAAAGGUACAGUAUCCUAGGUAUUGAUAUCCGAAUACCAACAUUGUCGCCCUCUUGUGGUCAGCACUUAUUCUGCAAGUCAAACUGGAGAGACUGUCACUAUGGUAUCAAACUAAAGUUGGUGUCAGACUAUUCUGAGGUGCAGUAGCUGACACCAACUGUAUUCACCUUAACAAAAAAAAUUAAAAAAUUUUUUUUGGGUCUUUCAGUCUGCUCCUGAACCAAAAAAAGAGAAAGUAAUUGUACCAAACAGAAAGCCUUAUUCAUUAUCCCUUGAUAAUACAAUGGAGAUCAUUUCAAGUUUUAUUAUUUUAUGUUAUAAUGCAAUAAUAUUAUAUCUUCUUAGCUCAUAUGAACCUACAAUGUGGCAAUAUAAAUGUUGAAAAGAUAGCUUUUAUGUGUUAUAAAUGUAUUUGUAUGUCUCAUGGAUACUGGUAAACUCUAGUUUAAUGCUGACUGUUUAAGUAUAACUACUGUAGGUUCGUUCUCUGUCACCAUUGCUAAGGCAUAUCUGUCCUCAGCACCCAGUGUAAAGUUGUUUCUAUCACCGAUAACCAUUGUUAACGUGUAUCUGUCAUGGGUAACCAUUCUUAGCUUGUAUCUGUCACCAGUGGGUGUGGUAUGAUACGCCGGUGGCUGGGCUCCAGGCGACCAGUAUACCGGCGCCGGAAGCCCGACUGCCAGCAUAUCGGCAGUGUGGCGAGUGCAAAUGAGCCCCUUGCGGGCACGGUGGGGCGCUAUGCGCGCCACGCUAUUUAUUCUCCCUCAAGGGGGGUCGUGGACCCGCACGAGGGAGAAAAACUGUCGGUAUCCCGGCUGUCAGGAUUCCGGCGCCGGUAUACUGUGCACCGGGAUCCCGACAUUCGGCAACCUGAAGACCACCCGUCACCAGUAACGUGUAUCUAUCACCGGUAACCAUUAUUAAUGCGUUCUUGUCAUCGCUAACAAGGUUUAAUGUGUGUCUGUCACUAACAAUAGUGGUAAUAGCCAAUAUUCAGUGACAUUACUGAGGCAUGAGGCAUAAAGGAUGCAAAUACUGAAUGGCCGCCUUCUACUGAUAAGUGGCACAGCUGACAAAAUGGUGUUACCACUGCUAACAGCAGACCAACUCCCUUUAGAAGUACAUGUGGAGCAUACUUGCCUACCCUCCCGGAAUGCCUGGGAGGCUCCCUAAAAUCGAUGAUGCGAUUCGAGCUGAAGAGUGUCAUCGUAGCUCCGCCCCCCAAUCAAACCGUUCACGUUUUCUCUGCACUGUAGAAUGGGGGGCAGUGCCACAAUGACAUGAUUGUGAUGCCAUGCCCCCGGACAGCCCACCCUGCCGCCGUCCAUGUCCCCAUGCGCCUACCACGCUGCCACCUCCUGAUGGAGGUGGCAGCAAAGUAGGCCAGCAUGAUGUGGAGCAGGGCCGUCUCGAGCUUAAUUUCUUUGGUAAGCAAAUAAAGAUUUUGGCACCACAUGAUGAGAUAAACUUUACAAAGGGACAGCCACAAAAAGGGCUUUGGUCUCACAAUGAAGGGGGCAUAGACACACAAUAGUACCUCCAAUAGAAAUUACGCUACACAGUAGCACAAUCUUAUUAUCAUUACACCGCACGUAGUGCCCUGAUUCAUAUUAUGCUACAUAGUAGUGUCCCUUAUUCAUGUUAUGCUAAACAGGAAAAAUGCAAUUUACGACAUCCACCCAAUCAACCAGACAGACUAUAGUUUGCAAAUUAUCAUAAAACCACAACUGACUAAAUACACAGCUGUAAAAACCAUCUAGUACACUAACAAAUGUCUAUAUAUACUGUAUGUGUGUGUGUAUAUAUAUAUAUAUAUAUAUAUAUAUAUAUAUAUAUGAGGGGGACAUGUCCUGAGGACAGAGACUGAGUCCACAUUCCCCGUUAUCCCACACAUGCAGCAGAACACUCCGAGAAUCACUCAGGUGGAGCUGUACUCACACAUUGCUUCUAGCUCAGAGGGAUCCAGGGCCGAUCACCUGGUAACGCCAAUGAAUGCAACCCGUAGUCCUGGAACCCGUCCCAGGGGGAGAGAGAGUUUUGUAUGUUCCAUGGCGACGGCAUCGCAAGACACAUAUGCGGCCACCUGCCGGGCACCCGCUGGUAACAAAAUCUCAGCGUGCGCCUGGCAAUUGAAGAUGGUAGGAGCGACAUGUUCCAUAGUGUAGUUCUCUGCGAAUGCAAUUCCAAAAGGCAUUCCUGGGUGGUGACUGGCAUAAUUUUGCAGAAGCAGCUGCUACCAGUGGCAGAUAUUGGGGGCAAUUCAGAGUUGGUUUUAGAUUUUGCUCUUGCAGCAAAAUGUGCGUCCAUAUACUCACCUGCUGAGGGCCGUCCAACACUUGGCAAGGCCGCCCAGCAUGUGUGGCGCCGCCCCGCAAUGUGUUCACAAUUUAAUUGUGAACACAUCAAAUAGAGAUCGACUCCUGGCUGCGUAGGCAGGGGCACUGCUGCCAUGUUUCCAUACGCAGGAAACGCAGGCGAUGUCAUAGACCAGUACUGAAAGCGGCCAUGAGACGCCUGCAUUUUUCGAUCUCCUCCCCCUGAUGCCGCAUUGCCGCCCCCGGACGUCUGUCACCUGUCAAUCACUGUGCGAUUGCAUACUUCCAGGAUGCGAUCACAUGGUGAAGGGUCGCAAAUGCGCAUGCUGCGUCCACCUCUAAAUAAGGCCCAUUACUUUGGGGCUGCAGAGCUGCAGCCCACCAUUAAAAAGCUGACACCACCGGUCAGCUACCAGUGAUUGUAGUGGCUUCCCAUUGUAAUCACAUGCUGGACAAGCAGUCUGGACUGCAAUCGGCAGUUAGUGCUUCCAAUGGGAAGUCUAUCCUCUACCCUUCUGCCAGCUCUAAUGCCUCUAGGGGCUGCAGCUGAUGCAGUCCCUAGAAGCGGCGGAGGAGAAGGGGGGUGGGUGUGUGCAUGCGCAAGUUCCCCUGCCUGCCUAUGGUCUCAAGCGGAUGCAGUCCUUAGCAACCAGGGGCUUGGGUGCAUGCGCUAGUCUGCUGCUUUUCCCCUACCCUGACAAAUCACUGACAGUGGCUUGUGAUUCCUGACCCUUACCCUCAAGGUGCUGCUCAGUCAGCAGCACAGUGGCAGGUGGUAAGCCUCGCAAGACCACAGGAGCUGCCACUGACCUCUUUUGUAUUACUGUUCACCUCUGAAUCAGGCUCAGAAUGAUUAACUUCACAUUGUUAGGUAAAUGUAUUAUAGUGGCACGCAUCAUGCCGCUAUAACACUUCCUGCUUCGCCUCAUUACCGAGGUGAAGCAGGAAGGGACAUCUACAAGAUGUAUUAUCAUCCCCUACAGCGAUGUUCCCCUGAGCUUUCAGUGCGUCAGGAUGUGUCUCCUAUCCGGCUGGCUCCUCUGCGCAUGCACAGAAUCUCGCUACUCACGUGAGAUCACCAGUGCAGUUCAAAGCCGGCACCCACCACUGGCAGGGACAGCUCUGCCCCUGCUGUGGUCUAUGGGCAUCGUCACCUGCAGCUGUUAAAAUCAACAGCUGCAGGUAUCGGAACGGAACGUGCAUAUCGACCUGCUAUCUUAUAGAUAGCAGUGCCGAUAUGGACAGGGGCACAUAGCACUGUCACUGGGCAUAGAUCCCGGCUAUUAUACAUGGGGGGAGUGGUAUAGCGCAGAUAUCGUGCGCUGAUACCGCUUCCCCCCCAUAACGACUGUUCUCACAUUACCCCUGUAUUGGCAGUCAUUUAUUUUACUGCUUAGUAGUUAGGGGGUAAUUCAGAGUUGAUCGCAGGAGCAAAUUUGUUAGCAGUUGGGCAAAACCAUGUGCACUGCAGGGGAGGCAGAUAUAACAUUUGCAGAGAGAGUUAGAUUUGGGUGGGUUAUUUUGUUUCUGUGCAGGUAGCCGUCACCGCCUCUGCUAGUGCACUGAGUGCUAGAAACUCUGUCACAGUGCCAGAUUCUACAGUACAUGCGCAGGACUCCGAAAAAAUGGUGCGGCGGCCAAUUUUCUGAGUCCUGCGCAUGCGCUGUAGACUCUGGCACUGUGCCAGAGUCUUAGCGCUGAGUGCGCUAACAGCGGCGGUGACGGCUACAGGAGAGGAGUCUGCACACGGGUCCUCUCCUCUGUAGAAACGCCGCUGGGUGGGGCAGAUGUAACGUACAGAGAGAUUUGGGUGGAUUAUAUUGUUUCUGUGCAGGGUUAAUACUGGCUGCUUUUGCAUGUAGUCCGCUAAUGUUAAGACAGCUUAAUUUUUACAGUGCAAUUUAGAAUCCAGUUUGAACACACCCCACACAAAUCUAAGGGGUCCAUUUACGAAGGAUCGCAUAUUCAAUAUGAUCUGGGUGGGAUCUUACUGCCCAGGAUCGCAUUGCAAUAUGCGAUCCUAUCCCCUGAAUGUAUCAUACAGCACAAUGGCCCUCAUUCCGAGUUGUUCGCUCGCAAGCUGCUUUUAGCAGCAUUGCACACGCUAAGCCGCCGCCUACUGGGAGUGAAUCUUAGCUUAGCAGAAUUGCGAACGAAAGAUUCUCAAAAUUGCGAAUAGAAAUUUCUUAGCAGUUUCUGAGUAGCUCGACACUUACUCUGCCACUGCGAUUAGUUCAGUCAGUUUCGUUCCUGGUUUGACGUCACAAACACGCCCAGCGUUCGCCCAGGCACUCCCCCGUUUCUCCAGCCACUCCCGCUUUUUUCCCAGAAACGUCAGCGUUUUUUCACACACACCCAUAAAACAGCCAGUUUCCGCCCAGAAACACCCACUUCCUGUCAAUCACACUCCGAUCACCAGAACGAAGAAAAAUCCUCGUAAUGCCGUGAGUAAAAUACCAAACUUCUUAGCAAAUUUACUUGACGCAGCCGCAGUGCGAACAUUGCGCAUGCGCAGUUAGCGGAAAAUCGCACCGAUGCGAAGGAAAAUAACGAGCGAACAAUUCGGAAUGAGGGCCAAUGCCAGAGUCUACUGCACUGCCAGAGAGGAGAGGGCCCAAUUGGAGAUUGCACACUGGCUAUUCCUCUCUUGAAGCUCCUGUGUUUCUACCUCAUUUUGGGUAUUCCAUUAAUAUACCUGUUAUACUCUGCACAGAGAAUUGAUAAUCAAUAAAAUAAAAUAAAA